UUCCUGCAGAGCCGCUUUCCCUUCUUUCGAGGCUCCUACCAGGGCUGGAAAAACUCCGUACGCCACAACCUCUCGCUCAACGAAUGCUUCAUCAAGUUGCCCAAAGGGCUAGGACGCCCCGGGAAGGGCCACUACUGGACCAUCGACCCGGCCAGCGAGUUCAUGUUCGAGGAGGGCUCCUUUCGCCGCCGACCCCGCGGUUUUAGGAGGAAAUGCCAGGCGCUGAAGCCCAUGUACAGCAUGAUGAACGGGCUCGGCUUCAACCACCUCCCCGACAGCUACGGCUUCCAGGGGCCCGCCGGGGGGCUGCUGCCCGGCGGCGGGGUGAUGGAGCCGCACUCGGUUUACUCCAGCACGGCCUCGGCGUGGGCCCCCACCGCUUCGGCGGCCUUGAACACCGGCGCGUCCUACAUCAAGCAGCAGCCCCUCUCGCCCUGCAACCCUGCGGCCAACCCUCUCCCCUCCGGCCUUUCCACGCACUCCCUCGACCAGUCCUACCUGCACCAGAACAGCCACAAUCCCGCCGAGUUGCAAG